UGUGCCUGAGCUCCGGACAGUACCACGGUCCCAGGGCUCUGCUUCCCCCCCACCACCCCUCCCCGCCUGGGAGUCGGGGCCAGGGAGCGGGAGGAGGGGGGGCACGGGGUUCGGGCCCCAGUCCCCGGCCGAGGCCGUGGGGCUUUCACUUUCGCUUUCUCCAGGGGGCAGGAGAAGAACCGGAACCAGGGACGCGGUGAUCGGGGCAGGUUGGUGCGUGAGGCUCGCACUCCCCGGCCCCGCGACGAGCCUCCACCGCAGACGGAGACAGCCCCGGGGCUGGAGGACGGGCCUCGGGUCUGGGGCCUGGGGCAGGAGGGGAGCCUGGGUUUUGGGCCGUGGCCUGGGCUGCAGGAAAGGCCAGGCGUUUGCAUACCCCACUCCGGGAGAUAGGUUUAUAGGAGGCAAUGGUUUCCUUUUGAACGGAGAGUCAGAUUCAGGAUAGACAGACCUGUGGUUUGUAGCAGGUUCAUGCGCGUGAUGGGCAGAGAAGGCGCUGUCACAGAAGCAGUGCAACAUUUGGAGUCGAUGAGCGGAAUGCCGUUAAACAUUAAUGCCAACAAGAAGCAGGACAGCUGCAGGUCUUCGUCAAAGUUUCGUUUUGUGUCGGAAAAGAGAAGUCAGUGGCGUCACCAGACUUGAGAUUGCAGCACAACAUUAUUGGCUGGGGAAAUCUCAGUUCCCUGUAAGGACCCCUUGGGGCUGCUUCGUUCAAAAUUCAAUAAUAUGUUCAAGCAGUGUACUCAAGAUAUCAGACCACUGGCUUUGCAAAUAGCUGACAAACUGUCGAAGGAUGAAAGUGCCACCUUAGUAUUUUUGUGCUUUGAUGUCCUCAAAGAUUAUUUAAAUACUGGGGAAGUGAAAGAGCUGUUUGACAUCCUGUCCAAGCGGAACCUGCUGAGGACUGAGCUCCUAAAUGAACUGCUUUAUCGAAUAAAGAGAUUCGAUGUUUUGAAAGGAUUGCAAGUUGAUGUGGAGCGUUUGCAGACACGUUUGAACAGUGGCAAAGGAUAUGUAACUUCGUACAGGCAGUUGUUGAUAGACAUCAGCGAGAAUCUCUCUCAAGAAGAUUUGCAAUCUAUUUUCUUUUUAUUACGUUGCCAAGUACCAAGAGGCCACCAGGAAGCAAUGAAGACCUUCUUAGAUUUAAUUGUUGAACUGGAGAAACUUGGCAAGGUUGAUGCGAAUAACUUGGAACUGGUGGAAGAUUGUCUAAAGACCAUUGGGAGAAUAGAUCUGAGAAAGAAGGUUUCUAAAUACAAACAAGUGGCUUUGGGAGUUCAUUCCGUGCAAAAUUCCACUGCAUAUCAGAAUGUUGUCCCAGUCGCUGCUCCCUGUCGAGAGCACGGUUCUGGCCGUGAGCCAUUUGAACAAAAUCAGCAGGAGAGCAAUUGGAUGCCAGCAUCUGCAAGCUGCAACGCCAGUCAAUUAUCAAGACAACAUGUUCAAUCAAACUGUCCAACAUCAUUAGCGGCCUCAUUUGAAGAGCAACAAUCAGAGUCAAUGAUUAACCCAACAGUUGAGUUUGUCCAGCCUCCUGCAGCAGCGAGUGCAGCACGACAGUUGUGUUCUGUGUUACAGAAUGGGUUGGAGGUGUACAGGGUACAGAGUAGACCGCUCGGUCUGUGUUUAAUCAUCGAUUGUAUUGGAACUGAUGCAGAUUUACUGAAGGAAACAUUUGAGGUUCUCCGGUUCCGAGUCAUCACUCACUUGUACGUCGAGCUGGACCAUCUGAAGCAGAUCCUGCAGGAAACCUCCCAGCGCGAGGACCUGGCCACGCUCGACUGUUUCGUGUGUUGCAUCGUGAGCCGGGGGAUGACAGGCAGCAUCCUGGCCAUCAAUGGACGAAGCCCUGGCCUCUUGUUUGAAGAAAUCCAGCAGUACUUCAAAGGGAUGAGCUGUCGGGCCCUGGUGGGGAAGCCCAGGCUUUUCUUCGUGCAGGAUUUCCUCACAGCCUCGCCUGACCCUGACGAGGUUUUAGAGACUGAUGCCGCUCAGGGUAACGGAGAGGCAGUUCAGGCUGAUGGUCGUGCCUGGGAGGAAGUAAUCCCACAGGAAGCAGACAUCCUGUGGUGUUGCUGCAGGGUGUCUGAGCAUCUGAUCCUCCAGGCGGGCCAACAACCGUCAGCUUUUAUGCGCACGCUGUCGGAGUAUCUACGGGAGCACCGCAGGAGUGAUUUGAUAUCGAUGCUAACAGAGGUGAACAGACAAACAAUGCUGAGAAACCGUCUACUGGCUUUUGAAGAGCCUGUACCUCUGGUCCUCCGCCACACCCUGAGGAAAAAACUCAUCUUGCCCUGAGGGGGCCCCCCCCUCACCACUACCACAUUAAAUAUAUCAGGAGACUGGGCAACCACAAUAUGAAACCAGCUUCACCCACCGCGCAAGCAAUCUCUGAACACUGAGACCUGGGCACCUAAAGAAACAAGGCUUGAUGCAUGGGCUCAGUUAGGAGACGAGAAUUAGAUCCACUCAAAGAUUCAGUCAUGGGUGGCAGGGGUCAAGGUCAAAGUGGAGGGAUUGAGGUGGUGAGGGACCAAAGUUGAGGGAUUAAGGCAGAGAGAUCUAGAGUGUAGUACAUACAGGGAGCCAAACUGGGACAGAGAGAUUACGACAAGAGUAGAAGGUUUGAGGUAUUUAAAGGAGGCAACAAAGGAUCCAGACAGGCAGAGGGAUCCAGACUCAGAAGGAGUAAACUGGGAGAGAUCUAGGCUGGGUAUAGCAAGUAAAGCAAGGAAGCGUAGAGACAGCUCGACUAGGAAUCAAGGAAGGGAGGGAUUAAGGAAUGAGGUGUGAGCCAUCAAGCCUAGAAUGUUGUAUGACGCUACAUCAGUUAGUGAAAUUGUUUGUUCAUGUGUUCACUUUGAGGUCUUUUAAUUAUCACCAUCAUAACUGUUCUUCAGUUUUUAGAGUUUUUUCAUGUUAUUCACUAAGUAUCUCAGAGUGUGAUUAUACAUAGUAUAGAUAACAAGACAUUAGCUUGGAGUACUGGCUGCACUUCUGGUCCAUGGUACUCCCACACCUGGUAUGAAGUACAGGUCUGCCUAUUGCAGUGGCCACAUUUGGAGUUUAUAAGAACAUAGGAAAGAGGAGUGGGCCAUAAAGCCACUUGAGCUUGCUCUGCCAUUUAAUAAAACCACGACUUACCUUCCACCUACAGCUGCAAUGUUACACUAUACAUAAUAUUGAUCAUUGUAUGUUUUAACUUACAUCUUUUGUUGAAUUAAUUUCUAAUAUAUGAAUUGUACUAUAAUAUGUUUAAUAACAAUAAAUUGACAG